AUGGGCCUCGGACGAGACGCUAGCAUCCAAGAGCUUACAGCACUAUUCGAAGAUGUCGAAGAAUCUUUUCCAAAAAGCCUUGGACCAGAUAAAUGGUACCUCAUGCUGAUCGCAUCCCUUAGCUAUGCAUCCGAUCCCAAUCAUAUCGGCGAUCUUUACACACAUUUGAUCUCCCGGCCCGAAUUUUCAACUAGAGAGUCUCGCCAAGCUCUCGUCAGACGAAUCCGUGAAGCUUUAUUCAAGCUCGUAAGCAUAAUUGGGAUUUGUAAGCCGCUCACUGCGAUUUUUAAAGUCGACAGUGUCGAAAACCCGGAGGACAAGGACUACAGCUUUAGCAGGAAGGGAUGGCAAGCCGAUGAAAAGAACUUGGAAAGAGGAAACGGAUUCUUGAAAAAGAUCUACCAACAUAAUUCACAGUUCCUUACUGACAAGCUUGUCGCGCAUAAAGACUUCGGUAACGUAGCCCAUUGGAUCACCUGGAAUAUAACCUACGGCCUAUACCUCUCGGACCAUUCCAUUUUGAGUGAUGUUGAAACUGAAUUAGUCGUAAUGUGCAGCAUCCUCAUCCAAAACUUGACCACCGUUGCCGGUUUCCAUCUGAGGGGCGCUAGAAGAAUUGGAAUGUCAAAAGAAGAGGUCGAGCAGAUCCAUAUUUGUUGCGAAAAAGUUGCAAGGUUCUCUGGUAUCAGGAUGGAUAAGAUACCUCGAGUAGCAGAUAUUGAAAACCAGGUUCCAUGGGAAUCAGAUACCCAAGUCAAAGCUACCCAGGUUCAGGCUACUAGCUCAUAG